AUGAAUGCAUUUUUGUAAUGUGGUGAAAUGAGCAGGCUUUUUGUAUUCUCCCAUAUUUCAGACGUGUUCUAGAUUUGAGGUCCGAGUUGUUGGUUGUUUUCGUCCUCCCCAGCGUCUGCUAUGCUGCUGAGAUUCUCACGCUACACCUGCGGGUCUGUCCGAGCCAAUAGGAGACCGACAUCUGGGGGGGGGGGUGGCGGCGUGGCACUGUGCAUCUAAAGUCUCAUCCGAUUGGUGCAACCCCCGGAUUGGUCGCCUGAAUACAAAAACAUCUGCGAAUAUGCAUUCACACCUAUGCUCGAUUGAGCCCCAGAGAACUCGAGUGGGGUGACUCAUUUUUUUUUUUUUUUUCAAUUUGAGUGCAGAAAUAAACAAAGAAAAGGCAUAUGUUUCAGAUGAACACUGGUCGCAAAUCAAGAUUUAGUUCCAAUUGUGACAACUAUGUGGCAACACUUCCCGAUUCAUCAGCGUGUCAGUCAACUCUCAUUUCUAAGAUGGCCGCCUCCUGCAAAAACAACUUAGAAAGUAAGGUUCGGCGAGCGAUAGAAAUGAAGUACAUUAUUCUGCGUGUUCGUAUAAAUCAAUGUUGUUUAUCAGCUUUCAUGAAUUAUUGAUAGAUAUCACAAAUGUUUGGACUUGGACCACUAUCGCACUUGCUGUUUUUCUCCCCCAAUCCGAGUUCUUUUCUUUCAGGCAACAAAGUCACUGAUCGGGAUCCAACCUUUGAAAGCGACGAUGACGUUGCCUCACUUGUGGUGAAAAGCGCAAGCAUGAUCCAAUAUGAAUAUCCAACAUGAUCCAAGUCCAAAUUCAGUAUUUGCCAAAAAACCCGAGGAAAACCACAGCUGACGUAGAAGCGUUUGUCAACAAGUAAUGAUUGCCAUACUAAGCACUGAAAUUGCAGCCCAAAAACUUCAAAUGGAGUUAUGGAGCAUUCUAGGUCUAGUCAGCUGAAUGAAUUCAAGUCUUCAAUAAAGCUCAUCAUCAAGUUUGUGGCAAGAAACUGGAGCUGAAAUAAUACUUUCCUCUGUUUAAGCAGCAAAGGCCAUUGAGAACACUUUCUCAUUUACGACGCACAAAUUCAAACCCAGAACCUCAGAGCUGCGAGGCAGACCUGCUGCCCAAGCGUACACUGCGCUUUGCGUUUGUGCCACGCGACCUGACGUUGUUGAUGCAUCAUCAUUAUCAUCGUCGUCAUCAUCAUCGAGCGUGUCCGUCUUCAUCAUCCUGAUGCCGCCUGCACCGGACAAAAGAUGAACGCGGGAACGGAGCGGCGUGCAGAUCAUAUUCACGGUCGAAGCCAAACAGUCAUAUCAAAAAGCACUUUUGUAUUUCAAAAUAUAAAUUUGACCUCACAAGCCUUGAUUUGAGCACUUUUUAAAUUCCAUGUAAGAUAAAAAAAAAUAUGUAUCUCAUAUGUGAUACCAACUUGGUUUUGGGUGACAGUAUCAUUUGCACAGUUGUAGUGUAGUUGUUGUCUGCACUGUCCACAAUUUAUAAACUUAGCUGAGGAUAAAUGAUUCUUUAAAUAGUUGGAUUACAUGUAUCUAUUAUUAUUGUACAUUUUGGGGUGGACAGCCUUUUUUUCAAUAGCCAUUGGCUAGCAAAAAGUCCAUGCUAGCAUACCAGAGCUAACCAGUCAAACCUCGUUGUCAACACAUGUACGGUGUGUGCGGUCGUUAAAUAUUAAUCACAUGUUAUAUUUGUAUAUAUUGUAUAGAUUUGUAUAUUUGUACUUUGAGUAUAGUCUUUAUUUCAUACCCAUUUGAUAUCAAACGUCCGCGUUCACAUACUGUCGAUAACCCCCCACUUAUAGUUCAACUAAAUGAACAAUUGUGUCUGAUUCAAUUCCAUGAUAAAUAACACAAAUUGCUUUUUUUUUUUUUUCCCCCAGAACCGAAUUGUAGGCGAAAAACUUAAUCUGUAUUGCAAAACAAACCUCAUAAAUGUAAUUCAGAUAACUUGCGCUAAUGCUAACAGGGAGCUAACCAUCGCUGCUACGGGCGUCAUUAUCAACAUUGAGGCUAAUGUGUGCUGUCAUUUUAUAUUUGUCGCAUGUGUUGUUAUAAUUAUAGAAAUGAUGUGUUUCAGGAUGGCUCCUUUGUUUAAUUGCCAUUUGAUAGCAAACUUCCAUGUUAGCAUAGCAGAGCUAACUUUGGCUAACAACCGCCAGUGAUGUAGUCCAACUAAAUUAAUGAUUCUGUUACUGUAAUUUGAAUGACCGGUCAUAAUGCUAUAAGUGAGCUACCGACCUCAUUAUCCACAAACAAUGUGCUUUUAUAUUAAUCAUUAUUAUUAUUUUGGUGGCGGUGCCUUUAAUUAGUAGCCAUCUUAAUAGUAAAAGUCCACGGUAGCACACUGGAGCUAACUUCUGUUAGCAACCGUCACCUCCAGUGAACUUUUUCAAAUAAAUCGACCGUUGUGUCAGUCUCACGUCAAUGAUAAGCAAUGCGUUUUAUAGCCCGAAUUCUACGCUAAAGCAUUUAUAUCCCAAAAGAAAUCUUAGAAACGUAGUUGAUGUAAUGCUAACGUUGUGCUAAUUGUCACCGGUCGGUCCGCGACGAGCGUCAUCGUCAACAUAUAGUGCUCAGCUGAUAUUAAUCACAUGUUUUGUUGUAAUUCAUACGAUUUGAGGUUUGGGAGCGGAUCCUCGAGGCAUUUGUAGCAAAUGUCCGAGUUAGCAUCGUGGAGCUAGCAACCUUGAGGCAACUGGUCCAACUAAAUGCACGAUUUUGUCAGACUCCAUUUGAUGAUGAAUGACUCAGGGUUUGUUUGUUUGUUUGUUUGUUUGUUUGUUUGAAGCGAAUAAUGUGAUUGGAAUGACGGGGAGUUGAGCUUGUUGCGACUUUAGUUCAGUUGAGGUUUUUGGGCUGUAAUUUGGGGCCCCAAAUCAAAGGCAAUUAAGGGGACUGAAGUGCUGGCCGGACGCCGGACGGCGGACGGCGGCGUGCGAUGCGAUGCGGGGGACGGAGGCUCCGCUUCGGCGUUCCUUCCCCUCUGAUUGGUCGUCGCCGUCGGGCUUCGGAGGCUCGGCUCGCUCGUUAGGCGCCUCCCCGUCCUCGUCGAGCGCAUUAGAAUGCACGCAGCUCGUCUUUUGGAAGCGCAAAGCGAAUUUGCUUCCCGUGGAGCUUUGCCAAAGCGGCGCAGACGUUUGCCUCGGUCGCCGGGGCCCGCGAUGCUCUCCCACGCCGACCUCCUGGAGGCUCGCCUGGGGAUGAAAGACGCGGCCGAGCUGCUGGGCCACCGCGAGGCGUUCAAGUGCCGCCUGGGCGGAAGCGGACCGGAGCCGGGACUCUCCGCCGCGCUCGGCCCGGUCCCGGACGGCGCGGAGGGCGCCACCGCGCUCCCCGCCGAGGACAUCGCCUCCGACCCGGCGCAGGGGACCAAGGAGCGGGACAAGCAGCAGCAGCAGCAGAAUCCCAACCCGCAGCAGGCCCAGAAACAGAAACGGCACCGGACCCGCUUCACGCCGGCGCAGCUCAACGAGCUGGAGAGGAGCUUCGCCAAGACGCACUACCCGGACAUCUUCAUGCGCGAGGAGCUGGCCCUCAGGAUCGGCCUGACCGAGUCCAGAGUGCAGGUCUGGUUUCAGAACCGGCGCGCCAAGUGGAAGAAGCGCAAGAAGAGCACCAACGUGUUCCGGGCUCCGGGCACGCUGCUGCCGACUCACCACGGCCUGCAGCAGUUCACGUCGGCGGCGGCGGCGGCGGCGGCGGUCGCCAUGGGCGACGGCCUGUGCUCCUUCCACGCCAACGACGGGCGCUGGGGCCCCGCCAACGUGUCCCAGCUCCAGCUGCCCCCCGCCCUGGGCGGCCGCCAGCCGGCCGGGUCUCACUCCCUGAGCCGCUCCCAGUGCGGCCUCCAGCCGCCGCCGCCCGCCUCCAUGGGGCUGUCCAACAUGUCCGACAUGUCCGGCGGCGGCGGCGGGCUGCAGUCCCACCUGUACCAGCCCCACUUCCCCGGCAUGGUGCCCACCGCCAACGUGAGCGGGUCGCCGCAGCUGUGCGGCUCCUCGCCGGACAGUGACGUGUGGAGGGGCACCAGCAUCGCCUCGCUCCGCCGCAAGGCUCUGGAGCACACGGUGUCCAUGAGCUUCACCUAAUAGCAACGCCGGCUGACAUCUUGUGACGCGGAUUCACACACAUUCUGCACCCAAAAAUAUGCCGCUGUUAUUGUUAUUCCGCAAAUUUGCCGUUCUGCUCCUUCCGACUUUCGCCACCACUUCAAAUCAUUCAAACUUCCAGCUCGUCGAGAAAAAUUGCAACUACUUUCCGCGUUCUAAAAUUCCCAAUUUUCCCACAAUUCCACAAUAAAAUAUUUCUCAUCAUUUUCAUUUCAAAGUCAAACUGUAAAGUCCAAUUAGAACGUCGCGCUCGACAACUUUUUUCUUUUUCACGUUCCAAAUUUCACAGUACAUUUCCCAGAUUUGACAUAUUUACAUGUUCCAUUUGGUGACUCGUGACAAGUUCCAAAUAUUUCCCUCAUUGAGGACAUCUUGUGAACUAUUUUCCACAUUUCCAACACUUCUCAUGGUGAAAUUCCCACAUUAGGAGAGAAUCGACAGAUUUACUGUUUGCGUAGCUUCCACAUUUCUUGACCGAUUCCAACUUGAAAAUAUUCAACUCAUUCAGUACACCACUGGAAUUAUUUUCCACAUUUUCAAAAUUCCUUUUUUUCCCACAAUGCCACAUUUUCCUUGAAAAUAAUCCUGUUGAUAUGAAUCGAGACUUUCUCAAUAUCGAUCCGUAUUCAACCGAUUUUAAACCAUUUCUACCUCAAUCUAAUCAUCUCCUUCAGGAUAUCUUGGGAGUUUUCCCCCCCCACAUUCCCAGAAUUCCCACAUUUUGCAUUAUUCCACAUUUCCCCUGACAAUAUUCCCAAAUGAAUGCAGACAUUGAACUUCUCUUACCCCCCGACCGAUUCCAACUGUUCCAACUUGAAAGAUAUUGGCAACGAUUUAAAACAUUCCCAAAAUGUCCCAAAUUUCCAGAUAUUUGACAUAUUUACCUUUUCAUGACCGAUUCAAACCGUCCCAGACGUGAAGUCUUGCAUUUGACAUUCCAACAAUUGGAUGAGUUCUAAAGUGUUUCAGUUCCACUUCUGCUCUUCGCCGUUCACAUUUAACAUUGCCUAUAGUUAUUAUUUAUUCUUACGUUGAUUUUCACAGAGCAAUCAUUUUGGCACGGUGCGCAUUUGUUAAUUUGAAAUCAUUUAUUGUGACAGCAUGGAAACAAAACAAACAAAAAAAAAACACUGACUGGCUGCACACUUGCUGUCUUUACACUUUCAAAUCAUUGUAAAAUGUACAUAGGAUGUUUUUGUGAUCUCUUGGCGUGCCGAUGACGAUGAUGGUGAUGAUGAUGAUUUUUCUUAAAUGUCACAGCCAUUUUUUUUGGGUUUGUCUC